GUUUCUGGUGCAGACGGCGACGGCGCUCCACUCUCUGAGAGUGACGACGAUGGCAAUCCGGUGGCCCCUGGCACUGUGAUCAUGGGCAAGCAACCGCGCCCGACACCCCUAUCCAUCAAACAGGCGCUGUGGCUGACGUUCGCCGUCGACAUCGCCUUCAAGAAGAUGGUCGGUACGCCUGGUCAUAACCCACCGAAUUACCGCCUCAUCAAGAUCUUCGACAU